GCAAAGGGAGUGAAUCAGUUUGACCAGGGUUUGUUUGGGACAACAAUCGAAAACUAUUUCGAUAUCUCUAUUUCGAAUCAAUAGCAAAAGCAAAUAAUAUUUUUUAAAAUAAUAUUGCAACCAGUUACGUAGUUGUGUUUAUUAUCUUCUCGAUCGAUUACGAGCAAUUUGGCGAAAGUAGAAGUGUGAUAUGUAAACGUACAUUACCAAAAGAAACAUAGAGUUAUCAAAAGUUGCAGAAUUAUUAAUUGAAAGCAUAAUUCGACAAUAGACAGCUUGUUCAACCCCACCGGAAAAAAAUGAUGUGGUUGUUCCAUAUACUGUGGCUAAUUUUGGUUAUUCUGCUAUUUUUCCUCAUACUGAGACGAAUUUAUUACUUUGGUAUGCAGGGCAUUGUGCGACAGGAAAGUACUGAUCCUCAACAAACCACUAAUAAUAAUCAACAGUAUUACAUAUUCACGGUAUACGGUUCUCGAGAUCCGCCGGAAAUUACUGUAAAUCCGUCUAACUUGGAUCAACCACCUCCAAACUAUGAAGUUAAUCAAUCCCCACCCAAAUACGAGGAAGUGUUAAGGUCACCAGAAAACUACCAAAAACCUCCAUCGUACAGUCAUGUGUAGCAAUUUAUUGUUAUACUUAAUUGAUUGUUUAGAUAAAAUCUAUUUUGCACAA